CAGCCCGGCGAAAGAAGGCGGAAUCAACUCACAAAUAAAUCGAAUGAACAAUCAAAAAAAUACUCGCCUCUUUGGAAAUGUUCAAAACUCUUUAUUCCACCUCAGACUGAAGGAAUGAUCCGUUUUUCCUUUAACAUUGGUUGUUCCGAGUCCAAAGUAAUUUUCAAGUGACGAAAAACAAAAACCACACAAAAGUAAAAAGGCUUUUCGAGGAGCAAACGUUCACACCUUGUGCAUUUCAUUCAGUCUUAGUCAGAACUCUCUCAAUGACGAACAAACAAACUGUCGAACACCACAAGCUGUCAACACACAGAAAAGCCCGCCUUGAGCCUGCGAUAAAGGAUGCGCAGAAGCUUGCGCAGCACGUUUUUCCGCCCUGAAGGCCACAACUGUGUCACAUUACUCGUACCAGUCCACAAAGUACAUAACGUACGCUGAAAACAACAUGGCGGCUUGGAAACGUUCAACUCGUAUUGAUCGUAGCUGUUGUGGAGGUAUCAUUACGGGCAGAUUCGUUUCACUUUUAAUUAAAAAAUAUCAGCAGGACAAAAAGGAAGACACCCGUUGGCAAAUAGCUUCGAGGUUUCAAUCCUUAAUCAGUUUCUCUGAACGUUAAAGUCCACAAUAACAACCAGCUUUACAAGUCGCUUGCUGGCGACCAGCUAUGAAAUUCUGGUCGCCAGGACUACAUUUUUAGUCGCAUUGGCGACCAGGAAGGCGCAAUUUCGAACCCUGUCUUGUCUGUCUGUCUGUUAAUUGUUUGUUAUUUUAUUUAUUUACAUUGUACAAUGUAUUUAUCCCUUUUAAGCUACACUUUAAGUGAAGUGGUUAUUUUUCAAUUGUUAUUACUUUAGCCAUUUAUACCAUUGAGGUAUGUUACAUGUACCCUUCCCUUUGAACUCGCCAUUGUUUCACUGUUCAUUGAAAUCAGUCAGUUUUAUGUCUUUUCAACUACAUUUUAUUACAUAUUAUCUUAUGUUACUACUUAGUGUGCCCAAGUGGAAUAAUCUUGACAGACAUGUCAGGAGUUAUUACAAGUCCAUUCUAUCCCAGGAAGUAUCCUCUUAACCAGAACUGUUUCUGGGAAAUCUCUGCCAGUAAAGGCAAUUUUGUGAAACUAGAUAUUACAGACAUGGAAAUUCAUCGUUGUGGUGCAGAAGGGGCCUGUACGUGUGAUUAUUUGGAAAUUCGUGAUGGCUUUCUGGGCUCUGGUCUGGCACCAGGUGCUGCAAGUGGCAAGCUAUGUGUUGAUGGCAGUUUUACUCCACAGUCUUAUUAUUCAACCAAUGAACGUCUGAUGGUGAGGUUUGUUGCUGAUGGUCGACUUGAAAAACAGCAAAGAGGAUUUACAGCAACUUACACUAUGCUGAACUAUACCCCACCAGGUAUGUGUAUCACUGUUGAGAUCACAGUUGAUUUAUAUAACUGGUGCAAAAUAUAAUGUAAUUAAGAUGUUAUUGCCAAAUGUAGUAAAGGCCACGAAAUGUGUUUUGUCUUGACCUCUAUACUUUGCGUGAGUGCUAUUUUUGCUGAGAGCCUAGUUAGUCUCGCUUGCGUAAGCAGCGAGACUCAUAAUCUGCAAGGCGUUUUUCGUCGUAUUUAGGUCACAAAAAAGGAAUCAUUGUGCCUGGCGUUCCUUGCGGAGACCGUGGAAACUGGGACUAAGAAUCGUUGCGUGAUCGAAGCCACGCUUGUUUUGCAAAGAAAGCUUAAGAAAGAGUUUUAAUAAUUUAGAGCUUUUCCGAAACGUGUUGGUUCACGAAUUCUAUCGCUUGAAAGCGUUGAUCACUUCGGAAUAAGUGAACACUACUGAGUGGUCGGAAAAAAGUAAGAAUCUUAAUUAGCAAAACUGCGAUGAUCGGGUGUAAACUUUUAUUGUAUGCAAAUGGUCUUGUGAUGAGCAUGCGGUUUAUUUUCGGCGAUGAUUGAAUUGACGUGCCAUGUAAAUCACUUUUUUGAUCUCUGGCAAUAAUGUAAUUUCUCUGGAAUCAAGGCCCUUGAAUUUUCGUCCAUUCAUACACGCGUAUAGCCUGUGACCGCAGACGUAUUUCCGGUCGUCGCUAACACGCGUACUAAAGUAAUUCAGAAACAGAAAGUACCGACGUCGAUAAAGGAGGAAGUAAAAAACCUUUAGCGAGUAAAUACUGUUUCGUGUGAAAUUUAUUGCCUCCUUUUUUCUCGAUUUAAUCUCCAAGCAAGCGAGACCCCGCUGUAAGAACGUUCUUGUUUCAAAUAGAUUGCAUGAUAUCUUCACGACAGUCUCUUACUGAAAGUAACUCUGUAGUGUACAGUGCACGUACUAAUAAAAAGUGAAUGUUAGCCUGUAAAUGCAGAUUAAUCUAAUCCCGGCUAGUACUGUCUGCAAAUCAGUGCUGAAAGCAUUGUUCUAAACCCCAAUGGACUCAACAAAUUACUGUCAUGCGUAUUGAAUUUUUCUUCAACCUUAUUGGCCAAUCGAACAAUGACAUUUUUAAUGGCCAGUCAUGGUGCCUACUCUAAUCUUGGUACACAGCUGGGGCACCCAGAGCAAGAAAUUCUGGACUGGCUCGCAGGUGAAGUCAACCAGCAGCCGUUUAGUUGGAUACAAUGUAUCAGACUACAUAUAUGCCACAGACGCAAGGCUCCACACUGUAUUAUGGUGCAAGGUUUCCUUCAAGGUUUCCUGCUAUCUGUGUACAUUACACACCGAGAGGGUGAUGUAAACUGGACUCCCUUGAAAGGUUGAAAGUCGAGUCAAAAUAAAGCAAGGCCAACGGAUAUAAUUACCUGAUCACAGCGUGUGUACUUAACUGAGUCGAGUUUGUAACUGAAAAGAUAAAGGGGCGGGGGGCGAGGUUGGGAUGAGACGAUGCAGUCUGCAUUUAGACUGCAUGGCUUACUUCAAUCUUGAGUCUCGAAGGCUGGUGGCUGAAAAUGUGUGGUUUAAAUAAUGUCUAAUGUAGAAAAUAACAUAAAAUGUCAUUCUAUAAUUAUUAUAACUGGAACUUACCGUUUAACAUCAUUUCUCUUUUUAGUGUGCCCUACUGAACCAAUCCAGUUAUCUGGUGAUGGUUCAUUCAGCAGCCUUAACUACCCUAUGGCCAACUACCCUUCAGGAAGAAACUGUUCCUGGAUCAUUACUGCUUCAGUUGGCAAACGUGUAAAGGUGGAAAUCAAGGACUUCCAGAUGGGAAAUUGCGAUGAUUGCAGUAGUACCAUUUGUAGUCGCGUGGAGUUUUUUGAUGGCCAAACAACAGGUUCACCACAUCUGGGUCGAUUUUGCACUGGCUCUAGCUUAACGGCAGUAGUUUCAAAUGGUCGGUAUAUGCAUGUGAAGUUCUAUUCUUCAUUUAGCCCUGAUCGUGGUUUCAGAGCUGAAUAUGUGGAGUCAACGACACCAACUACAGCUAAACCUCCUACCACAGGUAUUCAUUCACCUGUUCCUUUGAAAUUGUAGAUUCUCUAAACCCCCCUCGACCAAGGCCCAAAAAGGGUCAAAUGUCCCAUUCCAGGUAAUACACAAUGUAGCCUCCUUUGUCAAAUUGAAUAAGGCGUCUAUUGUUAAGCGAGCUCGUACUAAUUUGCCCUGGACAUUUUUAAAAGACGUAACGGCUAGCUUAGGGAGAGUUGUUCUUGUAGCCCUUGUAAGUAUAUUUGAAGGUUACCCGUUGGCUUCAGGGCUAACUUGCUUCCCAUCCAUGAAGCGUCUUCGAUUAAACUGUGGAUGCCUAAUAUCCUAUAUCAAAUUAAAACUUACAGAUUUGUCCAUCCAAGUUUUUCCAACUAAUUUGUAAAAAACAAGCAAACAAUGGAACAAAAACAAAAGUAGACGGCCGUUCUUUUAUAAUUUGUAAAUGGAAACAUCCGAAUCAGCCUUUGAAAGCUAAAAGGCGAAGCCCUUUUUGUAUGUUUAGCCACAUGUAAUUUUUGGACUCAAACCACGAAACAAAACUGCGAUAAAAAGUAACAGAAAAUUAUUUUUAUUGUAAAUAAGGCUAAAAAUAUUGGGAUGAUUAUGCAGAAAUGCCUCCUUCCAAAAACUUUGACAGGUCUUUUUUGUUUACAUCUUUUGCAAACUACCCUUUAAGUUUUAUGUCAACAACAAGAGCUAAAAAAAAAAACAUUCGGCAGCCUCUUUCCCAGUUGUCCUCGGCAGUUUGGAUAUCACGUCACCUGUCAAACUUAUCGGCAACCUCGCUCCCAGGUUUCUCUGUUGUGGGAGAAAGGAAGCGAGAGAACCCUGGGAGAGAGGUUGGCUUGUCGGGAGAGCUCGUGUUAUCGCGCUCAAUUCCAAGCCUCCUCAAUCACUUGGAUCAGGCGCGAACUGCCUUAGGGAAGAGGCUGUAUCGUAGGUUUUUUCAGAUGAAAGGUUCUACUCCAGCUUGUCCUUUAUUUUGAGUAAAAGAUCAAAAUGUUAACGACAUUGUUGAUGGGGGCUGAAGGUACAGUUGAAUCCCGCUUUAAGGCCGAUACACACGAGGGAUUUUGCUCCCAGAGCAUGGUCCAGGGGCACGCUCCGGGAGCAAAGCUCCUCCGUGUGUACCAACGAUUUCAUGGGUAUACUUCAUCCUCGGGAGCAGAAUUUCCACCCCGCAAAAUGCUCCACGAUAUUUAACCGGUUAAAUAUUUGGGAACAAGCUCCCAGGGCAAAUUGAGCGAACUUGAAAACGCUCCCUGUACUGACGCGUGUAGCGUGCUGACGGGUACAAAAAUGAGCCUACGGGCUUAUUUAUUUAUUGACAUUUUCUCCGGGAAAUAAGGACACAAAACCCCUAACGAUAAUAAGAUGCCAAAGCCGAGGCUUAUAUAUCGGCCUUUGCGGACAACCCGCUUAAUGAGGUACAAAAUUUACCAAACGCCAUAUAAAAAUUUUUGCGGACGUUUAUACGAACACUUUCUAUGGCCUCUUCACUGUCCGUAUUAACGGGGUUUGACUAUAUAUGGUAACAUCGAGCAUUCUUUUCUUAUUUUUAGGAGCAGCAGCAAUAUCCAUCACACUGCUACUGGUCAUCCUACCAUCAUUUAUUGCCACAAUGUUUUCGCCGUGAAGCAGCAUCCCUAGCUUAUGGCAGUUACAAGUCCUUUUCCGUUCUCUGAUGUGUUCAGGGUACAGCAUACUUUCAUUGGGGGUCUAAACGAAAGUGCUUGAAUCUUGGGUAUCACAGUUUGUCUCUGUUGCUUGUAAAUUUAAAUGUAACUCACGCCAUCGUUAAGUUUCAUAGCGAGUAAAGCGAGUAAUUAGAGAACUUCACCAAAUGGACUGGACUUCUGUAAAGCAGUCCCUUUAAAAUAAUCACCAAAAUAAUCAUCGGAUCUGUUGGUGUCUGUAUGUGCUGAUCGAGACAUUCGUUCUAGUGUUAUAGACUGCAAAACAGCCCGUACUUUUGCGUAGGUCGUGACCUCGUGAGCGCUACUGUGGGACUCACGCGUUUCGCGCCAAAAUAUCACGCAGUUUCGUCGUUCGCUCCUCAAAAAACCGAUUUUGAGGGAAAAAGGACUGCUUUGCAGUUUAUGUAUUACGUAAUCUAUGAUGAGAAAUCGUGGACCUGAGCGGGUAUUGUUUUUUUUUUUUAAAUUUCAUUUUUUAAGUAGUUAGUAUUUUUUUUAUCGUGGUUCUAUUGUCACUGGUUUCCAGAAAUGCAGGGCCUCCCAAUCUUGGUUGUUUUUUUUUGUCAUUUUCAAAUUUUUUGUAGUUCACUGCUCCUGAUUUCAAACAGUAGUGUUUUGUGGGGCCUUUUUUCUAGUGGUCUGUCGCUUUGUGAUGACUUUUGUAAAAAAAUGAGUUUCUUAUUACCCUGCAUUUCUGGACAUAUCAAAGCUCAGCACUCACAAGGCGACAGUUGCAAGGACAAAGUCGCUUGUUUGUAUCCAUGGUAUUUAGAUUAGUAGUAGUAUUCAUUACAAAUAAUAGCCAGAGCCGUAGCUGGACCUGUUGAGCCAGACACAUUAAGUCUGUGAAUGGAUUUGGUUUAUUUUAUUUGGAUUAUAGUGACUUUAUAUUCGAAGUCGAUUUUUCGGUGACAUAUUUCAUGACAAGUGCUGAAAAUAGCGUUUGGGAGCCUCCAAAUCCUCUGGGGGAGGGUAGCCCCAGGCCCCCCUACAAGGUUCUGGUAAUAUUGGCCCCCGUAACACAAAACCUAGCUACGGCCCUGAUAGCACAAGUCGGUUUGUUGAGGGCUGAUAGUCAGCGCUCUACAACACAUCAAUCAAUAGUAAUGUUCUCCAUAGCAUUUUAAAAAUGUUGCUUAAAAGCUCUGUUUUUUGGAAAUUAGACCCCCUUUUUCAAAACUGAAAUAGCGUUAUAGACCAGUAGCUGUUACCUUUAGCAGCGUCAUAUUUGAUUAAAUUUUAACAGAGUGAAAGGGAAAUGCGGGAACCGAAGAAGUUCUUCAGUGUUAAACAUCCUAUUGUCAACUGCUGAUGUUAAUGAUCACAAGCGCAUUGCUUCCGUUUUGAAUGAUCUGUGGCUUGCUGAAGCAGUUUUCAAUAGUCAGAUUAGUGCGAGUCUGAAGUUUUAUUCAACUUCUUCGACGCGUUGGUUUUCUCUUUUAACCCCUCCUCUCCUAUAAUAAUACUCAAAGGAAAAUUUCUAAAAAAUAGUUCUUUGCAGCGAAACUUCUGCCAAGGAGGUUUUAUUUGAAUGAUAACUAAACAGCGGUAGAUUUCGUCCUCGACACAUUAUAAAAUAACAAGUUUGUUCCGGUAAAAUAUAUUUGCUUGGAGCUCUUGUUGGGUCAUUUGAUCCUGCACGUGUUUUAUCGUAACUGGCUAAAGUAGUUAAAAAGAGUUUGGUGUUGGCUGUAUAGUGAGUUCCGUCAUAAACGAAACAGGCCUGGAAUAAAUGAUUGUGCGUACAUGAUUUCCAGUGGAAGUGCGAAAGGGAAGAGGAUAAAACAUCCCUAUGAGGAUUACAUGCCUGUAGUUUGUCAGAAGUAGAAGGGUUGGACUCACACAUGUAGAAUUGUAGAAAUGCUGAGUCAAUUGAGCAAUGAAAACUAAGAGGUCAUUUCAGGUUUCAUUCCAAUAAUAAAUGGUGUUGAAACAUGGACGUGCUGUAGUUUGUCUCUGUCUUAUGACCAAGUGAAACAGGGUUCGUACAGGUCAUGGAAAACCUGGAAUUUCAUUUUCAAGGCCUGAAAAGUCAUGGAAUUUAAUUUUCCGUCCUUGAAAGUCAUCGAAAAUUAAAGUUUUGUUUGGUAGAUUAGUUACUGCAGGUGAUAAAGCAAGGAUAAUACAAGAUAAAGAGGAGCAAUUAAACAACGUGAACGACAUGCAGUUUGGUG